AUGGUCCAGAGGCAAUAACGACAAAUAAAAAAACAGACGUGUUUCAACUCUCUUGAGAAUCAGCCCUAGUGCCUAUCUGCUGCUUUCGUAUGAAGUUCAAACACACUAAUUAUAAAUUGUGUAAAAAAAACAAAACAAAACAAAAAAAAAAAAAGUCUUGACGGAGGCGUUCCCUUUAAGGCAUUUGCAUCGGCCGUGUCCUCUAAGACGUGCACCCCACCCAGUGCCUAAUAUGGCCAGGGGAGCCCUGCCUUAAAGGGGCGGGAAAGAUAACACUGUACAAACUCUAGGAAAGCCGCUCGUAAUCGGGACUGUACAGAGACAGAGGCACAGGCGCUGCGAGAGAGCGGAGGCUGGCGAUAAGACUCCGUGGAAGGGAACGGCGAGCCCCAAACUCACCCGGCUGACAUCACAGCCCGCGAAGUCUCGUCUCGGCUCACACAUGGAAGGGAGGGACAGCCCGGCCCGGAGAGCUUGGAGUUACUUCAAGACAAUAGGAAUCCGUCGAGGCUAAAUUGAGGAACAGGCUAUUUAAAUCAUCCACGGGAUAUUGUCUCCAGUGACCCAAACUGGUUUGAUUUAUCCAGUAGUGCUCUGCAAAAUCAUUUUCUUCACUGUCCUAAGCAGACUUUCAUUCUGAACUUGAAAUGAAUCAGCGGGCAAAAUGUAGCAAAAAAUAUUCGGUUUGUUUCUAUGAAAAGGAUACAUGAUAUGCAUUUUGUCUUAUCGCAGUUUAACCACAAUAGAAACAUUUCUUAAUGAAGUUUAAUUGAACUUACAAUUUCUCUCUGCUAAGUAACUCGUCUGACGUUUUUUUCAUCAACAACGCGCCUUUUAAAGGUCUUACUUAGAUCUACUUUUCUCAGCAAUACUUUUACCUUCACUCAGUGAAUCCAAUGUAGCCCGCGGGGCCGGACUUUUUUUUUAGGAAACAAGCAGCAAAUUGUCUCUUGGAUGUGGUAACGGAACUUCAAAUGGACUAAUUGUUCCCCAGCAUAGUGGCAUUUCGGAGUCCAGGGCAAUCUAACUGUUGACUCAAGGAGAGGAAUUUGGAGUCCGCACCUCGCGCUAAAUUGGAUAUUGACUUCAAAGCACAGUGCGGAGCGCGCGAGCGAGCGACCGCCGCUGUCCCCGUGCGAGCAGUGCUGAGGGGAGACUGGACGCGACUCGUGCGCCUCUAAAUGCGCGGCCUCGUACGGAGCUCCUCAGCUGGCCAGCAAGAUGAGCUCGUGGGUCUCGCUGCUCGUGCUGCUGGCAGCGUGCGUGCGUUUUGGCGAUGCGGAGGGGGACCCCCUCCCUGCUGCCCUGGUGGAACUGGUCCGCACGAGUCCCAUCGCCUCCAUAGAGGACCUACAACUGCUGCUGUUCAGUGACUCCGUAGAGGGAAACCCAGACGGCCAGUCUACUGAUGGGAAACACGCCAACUCCUCUUACACACGCCUGCCUCGGAGCCUGGACGCCCAGCCAGCGCAGCAGGCCCAGUGUAAGGUGCGUACGCAGGUGACGGAGGUGACGCGGGGGAUGCUGGACCGCAGCAACGCCGACUUCCUGCUGUGGCCGCCCUGCGUGGAGGUGCAGCGCUGCUCCGGGUGCUGCAACACCAAGAGCCUGCACUGUGUGCCUGUGCUCACACACACACGCUACCUACAGGUCAUGAGGAUUCAGUACAUCAACAAGCGUCCUCACUAUGACAAGGCUGUCGUUUCCGUUAGCGACCAUGUGGAAUGCCGAUGUGAGCCCGCCCCUCGCUCCGCAGGUGGCCCCAAGAGGAAGCACAGGCAAGGCCAUAAGGACCGCGCUGGCAAGAGAGACCAGACCAAGGAGGAGCUGCAUCGGCAGGACCAUCUGAAGCACAACCAGCGCUUUCAGCUGGACGACCUGCUGAAGGGAUCGCCGUGGCAACACGACACCUCCCCCUCCCUGAAGAGCCCCCUCAGGUGGGACACGGGAGGGGGAGGUGCCGGCGUCGGAGAGUUCCUGCCUCCUGACAGAGUGAAUCAUGGGAAAAAGCCGCAGACUCACGGCAGUCAUAACGACACUGCCUCCGUGCAGAGGGGGGAACAUGGGGAGUCUGUCAGAGGGCAUCGCCAUGGUGAUGAUGAGAGAAGAUGGGGGAUUGGCCACCCACAGCACCACCUGAAGACUCAAGGGGAGGAACCACAAGAGAGCCCUGAGGGGAACUUCACCAAGGGAGGAGAAGAGAGAGGAGGAGAGAGAGGAGGAGAAGAGAGAGGAGGAGAAGAGAGAGGAGGAGAAGGUCAUCCCAUCACUACGCAGAUCCCCCACACUGUAGAGCACCGCCAUGACCUGAGCAAGAUGGCAGCCGCCAGUAAGCUCGCACACGGCCAAAGUGUCAGAGAAGAAACCAAUCAGAGUGCUGUGCACCGCUUAAGUCCGACCCAAAGGCAUGAGCUCAACCAAUCAGAAGACGACAAUCAGAAUCACAAAACCGCACAGGCUAAUCAGACUCUUGGACAAAGAGUAAGGCCCACGGAGGUGACCAAUCAUAGUCGAGAACACAAGGACAAUCUCACUCAGAUAACCAAUCAGUGGACAGAGCACAGGCCCAGUCCCACGGAGUUGACCAAUCACAGGCCCACAGGCAACGAGAUGCCGGGCGAAGCCAAACUGGCGGAGGAGAGAGAGCGGCUGGCAGAGGAGAAGAGAGAGCUGCUCCUGCUCCAUCGGAGGUUAGACGAGGAGAAGGAGCGCCUCAAGCGACGCAGAGAGGAAGAGGAAGACCGCCGUCUUCAUCACACAACCACUACGAGGACAGACACCACUGCUCCAACAUCCACAACCACGGCAACGGCAACGGCAACGACAACGACGCCCGCACAUCAUCCCAGAGCACCCCCCCGGCCUCCGCCACGGCCCCACCCCCAACCCCACCCCAAACCCCCCAGGAAGAGGAAGAAGCAGAGGAACCGCAUCAGCAAGGCAGCCAUGAGGGCCAUGCUCAUGUAGUCGCCGCGGAAACGCCUUGGACGCUGAGGGUGGUCCCGUCCCGUCCCGUCCCGUCCCAUCUGUCCCGUCCCUGGAGGGGAAGGAGGACUGAGGGGGUUUUCUUCCACUUGUAUGAGUUGUAUUGAUGUUCUUGUUUUCCACUUCUUCCGUGUGACCUGACCUACCCAACACUAGCACUAACAAGCCUCCGCUUGGCCCAUCACCAGACUGUCAGUCGACUGAUCAUCCCAGUGAAGCACGGGGAGCAAAGAACUACAACUCCCAUAAUCCUCCAAUCUGUCCAAAAACAGUCUUUACGAUCUGAGAUCAUCCCAAGUGAAGCAGGGGAACACAAUCCCUACAUGUCAUGAUCCUCUACUUUGCUCAAACAAGACUUUGAGUUUUGGGUGAGACCUUCCCCAGUGAGUCAGGGCAAACACAAAACUACGACUCCCACAAUCCUCUCUCUGAAACUGGAAAACUGGAAUGUUUGCAGUGGGUAUGGAAUGCAGCAGGGUUCCGUUCUGCCUCCCUCAGUUGAUGACCUGAAAGACAAAGGCCUGGGGCCCAGCAAGAGAUGGCUGAAAAAUCUGCGGAGGACUGGGUCAGCCUCGGAACCAGCGGAGGACUGGGUCAGCCUCGGAACCAUCGGAGGACUGGGUCAGCCUCAGAACCAGUAGAGGACUGGGUCAGCCUCGGAACCAGCGGAGGACUGGGUCAGCCUCGGAGGUUGGAGCGUGGGAGGCUGGAACUAGCCUCUCUGGAAAUGUGCUUGGGAAGCUUUGUCCGUAGAAAUGACACUAAGGCCUAAACAUUCAGGAGUUGUUGACUUUUCAUUUCAUCACUGUCUUCCUAUCUGGAUCAGAUCGGACAGACCUGACCAAUGAGUGGCCUGGGAGAUGCAUACAGGAGGUCAUGUGACAGCCAGACCUGAGCAGUGGAUCAGUGGAGUCUGUCAUGGAUGCAUUUGAUUCAGAUGUGUGGACUGAUCUGGGAUAGAUUGAUUCAGAUUUGUGGACUGAUCUGGGAUAGAUUGGUUCAGAUGUGUGAACUGAUCUGGGAUAGAUUGAUUCAGAUUUGUGGACUGAUCUGGGAUAGAUUGGUUCAGAUGUGUGAACUGAUCUGGGAUAGAUUGGUUCAGAUUCGUGGACUGAUCUGGGAUAGAUUGGUUCAGAUUCGUGGACUGAUCUGGGAUAGAUUGGUUCAGAUGUGUGGACUGAUCUGGGAUAGAUUGGUUCAGAUGUGUGGACUGAUCUGGGAUAGAUUGGUUCAGAUGUGUGAACUGAUCUGGGAUAGAUUGGUUCAGAUUCGUGGACUGAUCUGGGAUAGAUUGGUUCAGAUGUGUGGACUGAUCUGGAAUAGAUUGGUUCAGAUGUGUGGACCGAUCUGGGAUAGAUUGGUUCAGAUGUGUGGACUGAUCUGGGAUAGAUUGGUUCAGAUUCGUGGACUGAUCUGGGAUAGAUUGGUUCAGAUGUGUGGACUGAUCUGGGAUAGAUUGGUUCAGAUUCGUGGACUGAUCUGGGAUAGAUUGGUUCAGAUGUGUGGACUGAUCUGGGAUAGAUUGGUUCAGAUUCGUGGACUUGGAAUGUCCUGCUGCGUGAGGAAAAGAAGAAAGAGAGAGAAAGGGAAAAAUAAAUAUUAUAAUACUAAACCUAAAGAUAAAUAUAAACAACUGACCUACAAACUCAACUCCACAUGUAGAACUGUCUGUUCUUCUAUUUUUGUUUAAUUUGUUAUUUAAAUGAAUCGUAACACUGGAAACAUCACACAUCACAUAAGAUAUCCUGACGUCUGAGGCAGCAGUAAUGCCUAACAGACCUAAACCCUAUGGAGCAGCGGCAAGCCUGAUCUGAAGGUUGGAUUGGGGUCAAACCCGGGUCAGAACCAGGCCAGAACCCGUCCAGAACCGGACCAGAUUGGAUCCAGGUCCUCCCUACAGGCCCCCUACGCUGCGUCCAGGAGCCAUGGUGCUAUGGGUCGAAUAAGACCUCACGGGAGGGCGUAUGGGCAGUGUGUGUGUGUGUGGUGUGUGUGUGUGUGUGUGUGUGUGUGUGUGUGUGUGUGUGUGUGUGUGUGGGAUAAGGCCUCACGGGAGGGCGUAUGGGAUCUGUGUCAUUUUAACUUUAUUUAUUCCACUGGUGUUCCCCCUCGGUGCUCUCACAUAUAGCCCAUUCCAAAGGAGUGCUCUUUGUGUGUGUGUGUGUGUGUGUGUGUGUGUGUG